AUGGCCCUGCAUUCGCCUACCUCUGACCCCCCGUCUUCUCUCAACAGAGCCUCCCUCACCAUGCUUGCUCCAAACCUCCACGACCGUUUCCCCAGAGGCUUGUCAAUCACAGAACUCGACCUCAAAGACACCCGCUAUCCGUCCCUUGCCACUCCCACACAUGCCCAGUCACCGCUCCCGCCCAAUCCCUACGCGCCUGCGAGGCACAUCACCCCCGACGACGCCCAACACUCCACCCUGGAUUCUCAGCCACAGCCCGAUGCGCAAUCCAAAGAAGGCAGCUCGGCACCCGGCAUAUCGUUGGCGCAGGAGAGCACUCGACGGGUGUCCAGCGAUCCGACGCAGGAGCAACAAAGGCCGAUGAGCGAGAGCCCCCGCUCUCUAUACCCCCAGGGUGUCCCUCUGCGCGCCCACGCCGUCGAACACUACAGCCUCACCGACAGCUUCCAGCUCUUCCCCUCCUCCGCCGACUCCACCGACGCCAACACCAAGCCACCUGCCGACUCAAAGUCGCAGGCCUCGCAGCAGCCCUCCACGAUCGCCUCCAAUCCGCAGAGGACCCAGAUCUCCACCCAGGCACCUCAGCGCACAACGUGGCAGCCCCCGCCUCGCGAGUCCCAGCAAAGCUCCCUCGUCCCUCCAAUCGCCCGUCACUCGUAUUUCUCCCCGGGCGCCCUCGGACCAGCGACAGGCACAGCCGCCGGCCAGAGCGCAACAGGCUUUGCUGCGUCCGCCAUGGCCUCCCCCUCCUAUUCCACCCCAAAGCCCAUCGCCAUUCCUGUCUCUCCCAAGCUCCGCGCCCCCGCCCAACAGCCCACUUAUAUCACCCCUGCUUCUGCACCAAACCCGAUCAAUCCUGUCUUCUCGCCGAGCCCUCCGAACCCAAUGGAAGAGGUCUGCGUGGAGUGUGCGAUGCGCGACCAGGACAUGGCGGACGUGGACGUGACGAGCCCAGGAAUUUGGGAGCGUGACAGCGACGCAGCGUACGAGGAGCUCCUGCACAAGGAACUCGAGGAGGAGGAGGAGGGCAUCGCGCCCGAAAAUCCGAAUCGCCCGCGCGCGAGAGGCGGGCGGUUGACGGAGCCAAACUUGAAGCUGUGGUUGAGCUUGAACCCCAAGGAGCUGGCGUCGAAGCGGCAGACUUUGGACAAGUAUCUCAAGUCUCAGCGAACGCUGCUUGAGGCCGAAGCCCUUGCCCAUGCACGCGCAAUGCAGGAGUCGCGGCAGCUAGACGAUCGCAUGCGGGACACGUACUCGCAGCUGCGGCGCUCGGCGUACGAUCUCGGCAGCAGCGCCGCGCCUGUCGACGACACAGGUGGUGUGCGCAUUAAAGCCCCGCGCUCGUCGACAUUGAUGAGCGGCGGCGUGAUCAACGCUCACUCUCGCGAGGUCACGCUGCUCGAGAAUGGCAUGAUCGUCGAGCACGUCGACGUGAAACGGGAGGAGCGCGAGGAGCGCGAGCGGAAGCGCCGCGAGGGCAAGCGGCGCGCGCGCAAGUCCUCUCGCGGGUCGGGCAUCGACGUCGCAUCUCUAUACUCCGUCAACAGCCCCGUGCCGCACACAGACAGCGGGUUCCACCUCGGGAUCUCGCCGAACCGCUACUCGCAGUCACUCUCGAACCGCCCGCCGAGUGCGUUGACGGAUUUUGCACCGCAGUCGAUACCGCAGGGUUAUUCGACGGCGUCCAUCACCGAGGUGCAGAGCCUCGGGGCGUCGUCGCCGAACCGGAGGACGAGGUUCUUUGGGAUGAGGAACCUGAGCUCGGGCUGGAGGAGCCAGGACAGCUUGGCACCUUCGGGCUUCUCCGGGAGCAUGGUCGACAUGCACGUUGCACUCCAACGAGAAAACGCCCGGCAACAUCCUUCGCAUAUAGAUAUUGGCAGCAACGCACCCUCGCUACGUGGAUGGAGACAUAGCACCGUCCUGGCGCCGCAACGUGGUGUGGAGGAAAAAGUUGAGGAAAAGCCAAAGAAGAAAAAGUCUGGCAUUGCGAAAAUAUGGAGGCUGGUCACUGGCACUUCAUCAAAGAACACCACACAUCUCAGUAAUGCACAGUCCCGCUCACGGUCUCUCGACCGCGUGCACGACGACGACAUCCCCCUAGCCCCUCCCCCACCCCUCUCUUAUCUCGUCAACCGCAGCUCCGGCGAACACGGCGGGUCUGCCCUACGGCACGUCUCCACCCCUUCGCUCCCCUCUUCCGCGUCCCCUAAUUAUCCUUUGUCAUCACCUGGUCUGUCCCCUCCCACUGCCCCAUCCAGCCUCUUGCCCUCUCCCACGUCCUCUCGCCCGCUCGGCGCCUCCGAUGUAGCCGGAAGCGACGGGCGAAAGAACAGCGUUCACUUGGACAUGGACGUAGAGCAUCCUUCAACGGUACCCGAGGAAGAGCCUGUGGCACAGACGCAGUCCACGCGAAACGUCCACCCCGUCACGUCCGAACCGGAUAUGCGCCAGCGGUCGUCGUUGAACUUCACGAACCCAGCGUUCGCGCCGCCCGUGCCCCGACUUCCUUCCAUGGCGAACAUUCGUCCCAUGUCGGCGAUGGCGUGGCGAGAGAAGUCGCUCCCUCCGCUGCCUGGAGAGUCGACCUCGCGGCUCAACAUCCAAACCCAGCUCGAGCCGAGGCCGCGGACGCUGUUCACGUACGACCCUCGUCAGGUCACGGAACAGCAGGCGCACGGGCUGCUGGCGCCGCAGGCGCCGUUCCAUCAGGUGGACCACAGGCGGCAGUCCUUCAACGGACUGAACUCGCACCCGAGCGGGGCAUACCGGACGGUGCCCGAGAAGCGGGGCUCGGGCGGUGGAGGCGCAUACGUCGGCGACCGGGGACAGGACGCGGCGUACAACGAGUUCGGGGCCGCCCGGUCGAUGGGUCCGUUGGAUGGCUCAAAACACAACCAGCAGACCCCGGCGAAGAGGAGGAGCAAGUUUGGGUUCGCGACGCUGCUGGGGAAGAAGUCAAGCCACGCGCAGCAGGAGAAGGAGCGCGAGCGGGAGGCGAUCCUGGGCGUCGAGUUCCCGGUCACGCGCUCGUCGGGCUCGGAGGCGCGGCACGAGGCGUUGAUGAACGAGAUGGGCAGCUCUGGGUCGGGUCACGCGAGCGGUGGCCCGCCGUCCUUCCCGCGGAUGUCGAUGUCGGUGUCGGCGCCGGCGCGGAAGAACAUCGACCAACUGGUCGACCAGGCGCCCGAGUUCGUCGCGUACCGGUAUCCGUCGAACGACCAGAACAUCGAUCUGUUGCGGUGAUCUGCGAGCGCUGGGUCUGCCACGGCUGUCUGCUCCUCUGCUGUCGUUUAUUUAUUUAUGGUUUCACUUCAUUGGGCUUUGUUGGCGUUGUGGAUUGAGCUUCGGCUGGCGUUCGUUCCUUCUUUACGUUCUUGAUUACCCUGCCCUCCACGGGUCGGUCCUCUCGCUUUAUCACCAGGACUAAUCGCUCGCGCUCUGUUCACAACCACCUACCAGUCCUUCUCGUCUCCUUUUCUCUGUCUCUCCCUCGCUCCUCUCAUCCCUCUCGUUCUCUUCUCCUGAAUUCAUCCCGGACUUGUCGGUACAUGCAUCCCCUCAUCCCUUCUCGCACAUCUUUCUCUCUCUCACUUUGACGGACGCCGUCGUCGCGCCUUCCGCUCUUUCCUCGCACCUUGUAUACACUAGAAUCCGCUGUUUUGCAUAGACUUGCCUCUGCAUAAUUCAUGGAUUCAUACUUCGUCGC